UACCACCCGCAAAUAACUAACACCCACCCGAUGAAAAAAAAACAUUGUGACCACGUGAAGACUUCAACUUGACCAUCAUCGCUAACAGCCAAUUCUCCCUCAUGGCGGCACGCUUCCCCAAUUGUUGUACGAAACUCAAACCACCUUCUUCUUCUUCACCAACCUCGCCUCCACCCCCGCCGCCGUCCACCGCCGUCUCCGCUCUUCCGGCGAUCAACUCCCACUCUCUCACCCCUUUUCCCUCCGCCUGCAACUCUUCUUCGCUUCCAAAACUCAACCCUCUAUACACACAUCAUCAUUAUCACUCACAUAUACACGUCAACCAGCAGAACAGGAGAAUCAGGUGCAAGGCGGUGCUGUUGCACGACGCGCCGUUCGCCGGGGCUAUCGGCGCGUGUGUACUCAACUCGUUGACCUCCCCACCCCCUGUGGGUCCCAAUGACAAUGAAGAUGAUGAUUCGAUGAUUAAUUCUUCUGAUGCAAGGUUUGCAGUCAUGGGGAUUAUUAGCUUCAUUCCUUACUUCAAUUGGAUGAGUUGGGUGUUUGCUUUGAUGGAUACAGGGGAUAAGCGUUAUGCUGCAUAUGCUAUUGUUUAUUUGGCUCCUUACAUAAGGUCGAAUUUGUCACUGCUGCCGGAUGAAAGCUGGUUGCCAAUUGCUAGCAUUCUUGUGGGCAUUCUUCACGUUCAGCUAGAAGCAAGCAUCAAGAACGGAGAUAUUAAGAACUUCCCGUUGUUUAAUCGAAAGAGAGAAGCCAAAGUCUCGGAACAGGAGACAAGCAAAGAUGAAUUAAGAAGUAAAAGUAGAGAUACUAAACGGGUUAAGCAUUUGGAUGAAGAUGGAGAGGAAGGGAAGAAGCAGUAGUGAUAGCAUUUGGUUUUGAAUUAUGAUUUGUGUCAAUUGGUUUUGAAUUUGAUUCAUUAAUGCAUUAAUUGGACAUAUGACGAAAGUUGUGCUAAUUUGAACACGCGGCUAUAAUCGUGGUCUUCAAGUUCACUGUUGUGUGAACAUGCAGCUGAAGUGUUUGCAUUUGGAGAACUUGUAUAGUUUUUGGAUCAGUUAAGAUCAAUAACUAAUAUUGAAUGUAAUACCAUUUUGGCAUAAA